AUGGAAAAUUUUAUUUUAAUUGUUGAAUCAGUUAAUACAUCAGUCGUGCCAGAAUUUGAUUCAUGGACUCCACUUUUUGUUGUAGUAAACCCCAAAAGUGGAGGUGCAGGUGGUAUUGAUGCUUUGCGAACCUUACGCUUAUUUCUUCAUCCUGUUCAAGUGAUAAAUGUUGAAAAAUUACGAAUUGGAGUAGCUCUCCGAUGGAUGGAUAUGUAUCCGAAUAUUUCUUGUUAUAUACUUGUGGCUGGUGGCGAUGGAACUAUAUCUAUGAUAUUAAAUACUGUCAGUAAACUUCAACGACGUCCUCCUGUAGCAAUUUUGCCUUUAGGAACAGGCAAUGAUCUGAGUAGGACACUUGGUUGGGGUUCUGGGCAUUCUGGGUCAAUUGAUUUUAACAAAAUUUGCUUGGACUUGCAAAGGUCAAAAUUAGUGAAGCUGGAUAGAUGGAAUGUAACUAUUGUCCAUAAACGGCGAUUUGGAGUUCGGGCGAAAAACAAGCAAUUAUGUAUGGUCAAUUACUUGUCCGUCGGUGUCGAUGCAUGUGUCACUUAUGGAAUGCAAUCGACCAGAGAUAGUUUUCGUCGAAUUUUUUCUUCUCGUUUUUUAAACAAAUUAUUAUUCUUUACAUUUGGAACGAAGGAUGUUCUGGAGCAUUCAUGUGCUGAUUUACAAAAUAUGAUCGAAUUGACCAUCGACGAUCAAGUAAUACCUCUUCCAGCAGUAGAAGGCUUGACGAUGAUUAAUAUACCAAAUUGGGGUGCUGGAGUUCAGCCAUGGGCAGAUAAUGAUGCUAUGCGUCAAGCAAUCGAUGACAAAAAAUUAGAAAUAUUCGGAGUGCGGUCAUCUUUUCACAUUGCUCAACUGCAAAUUGGUGUUUCUAAGAGUGUACACAUUGCUCAAGGCUAUAAAAUUAAAUUGCGUAUAUUUGGUGGUGUAUUUCCGAUGCAGUGCGAUGGUGAAGCUUGGAUACAACAGCCUGGCAUUAUACAAAUCGAACAUAAAGAUCAAGCCAAUAUGCUGUCGCGAACUGAUGAAUUUUUUCAUAAAAAAUCCAUAGUUCUUUUUUUUGAUACUUGCCAUCUUUGA